AUGGUUACGUUAUAUCUGGUCUCUGCUCCUGUGAAUAUUCUCACAGAUUUGAUCAUUUUAUUUUUGCCUAUGCCUCUUUUGACCGGCCUCGCCCUUCCGCCAAAACAGAGGAUCAUUCUGAUAGCAAGUUUUGCUUUAGGGGGUUUCGUAACUGUUGUUGAUGUGAUGCAGAUUGCCUAUUUGCAAGAAGCAUCUACCGCUCGCCUUGAAGCCUUGAGCGGCGCUGAAGGACUGCAUUACGCGCAAGAAAGUAUUUUCUGGUACGCCGCACCACCAUGCAUGUGGUCAACUGUUGAGGUGAACGUCGGGAUCAUUUGUGCAUGUAGUCCGGUACUCAAACCGCUUUUGGUCCGCCUUGCCCCAAGAUUCUUCGGUUCCCUCGACUCCAAAGCAGCAGGAAAUACAAACUCGGACAGCAGCAUGGAGCUGGGCUCACCCCCAAAUCCUCAGCCAGCUCCUGGUUUCUUUCUACCCACCAACGAAGUUCAUGUCUCCAGCCAAAUGCCAACACAAAAGUUCAUGCCAUAUAUUGGUCCCACGAGACAUUCAAAGCCCCUGACGGCUCUAUUGGACCGUGAAUCACUCUUGCCACUGUUGGCAGUCACUAUCCUAUUUUUCCCCUGGAGUUUUGCAUACGGAAUGCUCGGGACACUCAAUACCAAGUUCCAAGCACUUGUCAAUAUGACUACUGGCCAAACGGUCGCCCUUCAUUGCGUCUAUUUUAUGGCUUACUUCUGUGGGCCUCCCGCUUUCUCAUAUUACCUACCUCCUUACCAAAUUUGGUUUCAAAAUCACCAUCAUUACCGGAUUAUGUAUAUUUGCAAUCGGGUCUCUGGUCUUCUGGCCAUCUGCGAUUUUGGGAUCGUUCUGGGGAUUAUUGUCUCCAACUAUAUUGCCACCCUGGGACUUUCUACUCUUCAGAUUUCAGCGAAUCCGUUCAUCAUCCUCUGUGGACUCUCCCAGCGCCCAGAAGGUCGCCAGAAUCUCGCCCAGGCGCUCCGGGGCGUGGGCAGCGUGGCAGCGCUCCUCCUUUCAAAUCUCAUUCUGUUCCAGAAGACGCGCAUCAGCAGCCCAGUUGACGCACAGUGGACAUACCUGGCCGUUGCAAUGUUCUCUAUCGCCUUGGCAGGAUUCUUCUACUACUAUCCGUUGCCAGAGGUGACAAUGAAUGAGCUCGAGAAUACCUGGGGCCUAACAGCCGCACCUCCCAGUAUACAAUCGGCGGCCUAUCUAUUUCAGUGCCUGCCUUUACUAUGA